CCCGCAGGUUGCCGAGAGAUGGUGCCCAGCGGCAGUGGGCAAAGGCCAGAUGGGCCUCGCGUGAUCUACGUGACCCGCUUCGCCUCGCACCGCCAUGGCGUGUGGCAGUUGAGGGGUCUCCGAGGUUUCGGCCAUCGAGGCCCAGGGCUCGGGGCCCGCUGUGCCUCCAAGCAAGCAGCGGUGGAGCCCGGGGCCCCGGGAGGAGAGCGGCCCACCGGCUCCCAGGCCCGGGUCACAGACACCCCGGAUUCCGCCCCUUUCCAGCGGAGGUCGAGAGCGCCGAGGGGCGGAGAGCAAGCAGCGCGAGCAGGUUUAAACCAGAAAAAAGCAGCUAAAGAGUUUGAUUUCCCCAUUCCACUGAAUGAAGCCUCCAAGCUAAUGAAGGAGAAGAAAAAGGCCUCUGUGUGGAACAAAGUACACCAAGUCAUUUCCAGAAUGAUUGCAGAAAACGAAAAUUACAGACACAGACUGAAGUGCCAAAAUUUAUCUAGUGAAAUUCGAGUUACUACAAGAUAAAUCUUCCUGCCUUCUCUGAUUCCUAUCAGGACCUGAUACACUCUUCAUGAGAACCUGAGACGGUUUCAAGUCAGAGGCAUAUCUAUUGGAGCUGUGGACAUUUUACAUUUCCUUCUUCUCUUCAUUUCAUCCUCUUCAGUCUUCCCACUGGUCUGUGCCAGAGGAACUUGCCCAGCAAUUCUAUUCCUGAUUUGUCUUUUUCUUUGCUUAAAUCAAAGUUUUAUUUUAUCCCAAUAGUCCGUUCUUGUGGCAGUGCAUUCUGAGAAAUGUACCACAGAUGAUUCUGACAUCUUAUGAGUAUCACAGAGUACACUCACACAAAGCUAAGUGGCCUGAGUCAUCACUGAGCGUGGCUCCCACUGCAGCAAGAGUGACAAUAAACACAAGGCAUGAAA